AUGGAGAAUGGGCCGCGUCCUUCGACGCGUGCAUUCCUGUGCGAUCUCAGUGAACUAGCUACAGGGUCGAAGGUUCGCUUCUUGGGCUGCGUUCGACAAUACAAUUUCAAUGAAGGCCACUUGGUGCUUGAGCACCAUUACCCGCGCAACAAGCCACAGCCAAGCUCGGUUACUGUGGACGUAAAUGCCGUCCUUGAAAAUAUGAAUGCGGAGCAGCUCCGCGUGGGCGCGUGGUUGAAUAUCAUGGGCUACAUCCGCGAUGCAAAUACAUCGUCAUCGUUCACUUCUUCGCAAAUGGACUCACAGUCCGAAAGCUCUCAAUCAUCGCCGGGAGCCAUGUCCGCGGGAGUGACGCCCCGUCCUGUCUGCGUGGAAGCUGUCAUGGUCUUCUCUGCAGGUGCCAUUGCGGUAGGAGAUUAUGAGCGUAUACUCCGGCAGGCACAAGAGGUGGAGCAGCGAAUCAAUCAGUAA